GGCUCUCGUGUCUCGCGAGAUCUUUUGGUAGCUCCUCCAAGCUGCUCUUCAACACUGUUAAGUUGGCAUGACUCAACUGUUUGCAAACCCAUUUUUGAGGCACAAUUGUAAAGAUAAGGCACUUCAUGGGGCUUGUCUGAUAUAGACCAGGCUAUUGUAUAUCAUAAUAUAUUAUCUAGCCUUCCUAUGCCAAUACGCAACCUGAUCCUUGGUUUUAAUCUAUUGACCUGGUGACCCGUUUUGUUCGAUAUUGUGAACUUAUUCUCCAACCUUUGCAUGGGGCUGACGGUUGUAAAAUAAGGUGAUUUCCUGUUGUCACAUGGACAAGAAUUAAUCAGGGAAAAUAGGACAGAGGAAGUGAUAAAACCACAACUCCAGUGUUUUUGAUUCAGUUCAGGAGACGGUACAAUGGCUGUCCUGAGGUUUCUCUCCAUGUGCCUCUGUGUUCUUGUCGUCGUACCCUUCCCAAGCUCAACCCAGCCAAUCAACUUUGUACUACCAAAACUAUCUGAUCUACCGUCACCUGGGGACCUCUUCAACAAAUUCCAGACAGAUAUGGAACAGAUUAAAAAUGACUUCAGUGCGAUGAAAGCUGAGAUGGAUGAGUUGGAAAUGCCUCCGAUCGACUGGGAUGCUAUGGCAGAAGUGAGAGAGGCGGUGCUGGAAUACAUAAACGACCCCAAGGGAAACUGUGAUAAGAUACCACAUGGAAAAUCGGAGGACCCGGAGGUCCAUAUGACUCCUUGUGAGUUGGUUAAACAUCUUGGCUAUCCAUGCGAGGACUAUGAAGUCGUCACAGAGGAUGGUUACAUUCUUGGCAUUCAGAGAAUUCCUUAUGGCAAAGGACAGAAGCCAGGCCCUCGACCAGUUGCGUUCUUGCAGCAUGGUCUGCUGGACAGCGCGGCUACCUGGGUGGCCAAUCUUGCCAACGAGAGCCUUGGUACUGUGCUGGCUGAUGCUGGGUAUGAUGUGUGGAUGGGCAACGUGAGAGGGAACACUUACUCGAAGGGACACACAAAGUUGGAUCCAUUGAAAGACAAAGCUUACUGGGAAUUCAGUUGGGAUGAAAUGGCUUGUUUCGAUCUCCCAGCAAUGAUCAAUUACGCGUUACUCAUCUCUGGACAACCUAAACUCUAUUACAUCGGCCACUCCCAGGGUACUAUGAUUGGCUUUGCCCGCUUCAGUGAAGACCAGGAACUAGCUCAGAAAGUGGAAUACUUCUUUGCUCUUGGACCAGUUACUACAGUUGGUGCAAUCAAGAGCCCAAUGCGUCUGCUGGCACCGUUUUCAAAAAAUAUCAAGUUCUUGUACUACGCCUUAGGAGGGAAUGGGGAAUUCUUAUCAAGUUCCCCUCUGAUUCGGUGGCUGGGGAGGACCGUGUGCCGGGAGCCAGUUGGUGUCAUCUGUGAGAACAUCCUGUUUUUGGUGGCAGGAUUUGAUUGUACCGAUCUUAAUGUGACAAGAAUCCCAGUCUAUGUAUCUCAUACACCUGCAGGGACCUCUGUACAAAAUGUGGUCCAUUUUGCUCAGCAAGUUCAGACCAAGAAAUUUCAAGCAUAUGACUACGGAAGAACAGGAAAUCUUAAACAUUACAACCAGACAACACCUCACGAAUACCACCCAGAAAAUCUUAAAAUCCCUGUGGCACUCUAUUGGGGUGGAAAAGACUGGCUGGCAGAUCCAAAAGAUGUCGAACUGCUCAUCCAAAAGUUGGUCCACAUUGACCACAACCAAUACAUUCCCUCAUUUGACCAUUUGGACUUUGUGUGGGGUUUGGGAGGAGAUAAACUUGUCUACCAAGAUGUUAUAACUGUGAUGAAGAAGCAUCCCAUUCAGGUGAUCGGUCAAAGUCAUGAUGCACUGCAUGAGGGGUUAUGACUGAGUCUGAUGUGGCAUUUGAAAAAGUUGCUUAGUUUUACUACGAGUGUCCUGAGUGUUGCAUGUCUUCGAGGAGGACAGUCUCUAGAUAAUGCUGGGCCAGCAUAGUUUUCUGAUCUCCUGUGUACGGUGGACACUGCAAAGGUGGUGUCUGCAAACAGUUGGUAGAAAGUUUUUGUACAUUUUCUGAUCCAUCCAAGAACUGCUAUCUGUACAAGAACUCUGAAAACUUCCAUUAGUGCCAGCCCGGCAUUAUCUGGAGACACUCCAGCAUCCUCUCACCCUUAAAACUGCGAUUAUCUUGAGGAAAUCAUCAAUGGUGUGAUUUUCAAGCGAUUUGUAAUACAUGUGUAACCAUUCAUAUGUAUUUUCAAUCGCCACAAUGUUUUUAUCGGAUGUUUAAAUUCAAUGUCUGUCUGGUGUCAUGGUGGCCCCUGAUUACCAAUAACUCAAUGUCCAAAGACUUCUGUGAUAUGAAACAAUAGAUUGGCUAGUUGCAUUUAUUUAAUUUGUCUUUCGAAAUAGAUUUAGUGCCCACAAAAAUUACAGAAUAUAAAUGGACAGGUGUCCUAGGUUACCCAGAUUUCUUCUCUUAGGGGCAUUCUGACCAGGGACUUUCUGGUUGUGGUGUAUGAUUGGAGUUCAUGCUUGAUGAUGAAAUUCUGUUUUUAAUUUUGAACGAGUGUCCAGUAAUUUAGGAAUCUCAUUCUGAAAAUAACUCUCAUGUUUUCUGCAGAUCAAUUUGACUUAAAAGGGUCUUCUGUCUAGAUUUGUUAAAUGAUGUCCUCAUUAAAAAAUCU